AUGCCAAAAACUCAAGAAUUCAUGCACACUCCUUCUCCAAAGUUGUUCGACUCGGUUCUUUCAAGUCCAAACAAAAGUAUCAAAACUACACCUGUGAAUAAUUUCGAUGGUUGUCCCUUUAAAUCUUUGGCGCAAAGUACUGUGAGAAUGUCAAAGAAUGAAAUUCAGAUUAAAAAAGAAAAGGAAGAGCUCACAUUGGAACAAAAUGCUAAUUCUGAUCCUGUUGCUUUAGAGAAAGGAUAUGACUUAUAUUUUAGUCCUGCUUCUUUUUUCAAUUGGAUUGCCAAUUUAGUUUCUCGCCAGGAAAACAAUUUGCAUAUUAAUACUGUUUCAUUUAUCAACAGAUUAGCAUUGGAUUUGACCUGGCUUAUCGACCAACUUGUUCCAAGAAAUAGCAAGUACAGAAAUCUUGCAUUAUUGUAA